AUGGCGCGCCGCAAGCGCAAACGCUCAGACAAGUCACAACUCGAGGCUCCAUCUGGCGCCAACAAGCUGCCCCAUGCCGGUGGCCCGGGACCAAGCGUAUCAAAGUCCGAGAAGGGCAAGUCGGAUGUCGAGAACUCGACAGAUGGUAGCCAUGGCGAUGGCAACGAGGGCAAUCGGAUGGUCGGCAGUGAUCGGCUUGCUGCGGCUGACAGAGAUGGCCGUGGUGUGGAGCACUUGGUGUGCUCAAUGUGCGAGGUGAAGGCGUGCGCGGAUGAUAUCGCUGAGCACUCGCGUUGGGUCCACUCUGGCGAGAAGCGGAUCACCAAGGCCGAGAUCAACCAGCUGCCGCUGUUCAGCAUGCGCGAGGCACGAGGCUCCAUCGUGGUCAUCGAGACCGUGGCCCAGAUGCGUGCAGCGUGUGCAAGCAUGGCCAAGGCUGUUGCGAGCGGUUCGCUUACCGCUGUUGGCUUUGAUACCGAGUGGCGGCCCAACUUUCGCAAGGGCGCCAAGCCGAACCCAGUGGCACUCGUCCAGAUCACCCGCGACGACUACGCUCUCACGUAUCUGUUCCCUGUUGGCCGGUUGCGGACGCUCGGGCCGCUCAUCCCGCUCUUUGAGGAACCGCGCCUCACCAAGUACGCCGUCGGUGUCGCCUCGGAUCUGCACAAGCUCCGCCAGCAGGCCCAGUUUACUCCAGCCGGCUUUGUCGACAUCUCGACCAUGGCCAGUGACGUCGGUUUUACCUCGGUUUCGCUCCGCGGCCUCGUUGCCCUCAUCUUUGGCCUUCGCAUUGGCAAGGGCGCGCAGAUGUCCAACUGGGCGGCAUGGCCGCUCAAGGCCAAGCAGAUCUCCUACGCCGCCGCCGACUCGUUCUGCUCGCUCCAUCUGGGCCGUUUCUUUGACCGCUCCUGCCUCUAUCGCAGCUCCCUCUACGAAGCCAGCCACUUUGAUCUCCCCGAAUCGUCCUUUCCCUAA